AUGGCGCAGGCCCGGCUGUGGGCGCCCUGCGUGCUGCCCGGCGUUCGAGGCGCCGAGGGAUGCGAGAUCCGCUGCACGGCGCUGGGCGCGGGGCGCUGUGCGGUGGCCUGCCACUCGGGGCAGGUCUGGCUCUUCCGCUGCGCCCCAGAGGUGGAGCCCAGUGCCCUCACAGUGGCAGGAUGGCUGGGCCCGGAGGAGGUCAAGGCGCUGGGCUUCUGCGCCGCGCCCAGCAGCUUGGAGGCUACCGCCGGGCUCUCAGGGAGCCAACUGCUGGUCUCCCUGCUGCCGGGUCGCCUCAGGCUGUCAGAUGCAGAGGAUGGCCGCUGCGUAGCCGUGCUGCCGCUGCAGGACGCUUCGGCCACUCUGCUCGCCGUGCUGGAGGCAAUGGAGCCCGGCUUACCCGUGAUUCCACAGAACUAG